AUUAUUAUGUAACCGAUAAGCCACGCGAUGAACGCUUUCAAUGUAAGCUUACUGUUUAUUAAAGCUUUGUAAGUAAGUGCGAUAACAUUGAAUUAAAAACAAGAAGUUUGUUUAUUAGAAAAUAAAAAUAAUAAUGGACAAGAACUACGCUGCUCUACUAUCUGGACCCAGACAGCUGAAAAUCGUAGAAUGGCCUAUCCCGAACAUCAGCAGUAACGAGGUCCUGAUAAAAAUGGACAGCGUCGGUAUUUGCGGUUCUGAUGUGAAGAAGUACAGCACGUACAAGAACGGCGUCAUUGCAGUGAAAAAGCCCAUGAUCAUGGGACACGAAGGUGCUGGCGUGGUGGUCAAGGUGGGCGCCGAAGUUCGAAAUGUAAAGGUAGGCGACCGUGUAGCCAUCGAGCCGACGCAGCCGUGCCGUUCGUGUGAGUACUGCAAGACGGGCAAGUACAACAUGUGUGUGGAUGGAAGAUACUGCAGCUCCAGCGGCAACGAUGGCAACCUUUGUACCUACUACAAGCACGUCGCAGACUUCGUGCAUAAGAUUCCUGACAACCUGACAUUAGAAGAAGGAGCGGCCGUCCAACCCCUGGCCGUCGCCAUACACGCCUGCAACAGAGCUGGUGUUAAACUCGGGUCAGAGGUUGUUAUUCUCGGCGCUGGGCCCAUCGGAGUGCUUUGCGCUAUGACCGCAAGAGCCAUGGGAGCUACUAAGAUACUCAUCACAGAUAUAAUACAAGCACGUCUGGAUGUUGCAAAGGAAAUGGGCGUUGACUUUACGUUAUUAGUGGACGAACGCUGGUCGGACGAGGAAACGGUGGACAGGAUCGUGCGACUGCUAGGAUGCCGGCCCACUAUCACCAUUGACGCAUGCGCCUUCCCCAGCCCGCAGAGAGUCGCUCUUCUGGUCACGCGUACGUGUGGUGUGGUGCUCAUAGUGGGCAUCAGUAGUGAGUCACUCACACAGCUGCCCCUCUCUGACGCCAUGUUGCGAGAGGUCGACAUUAGAGGCUCUCAUAGAAUUGCCAAUACGUACCCUGCAGCCCUGGCGGCAGUAUCAAGUGGCAUCAUUAAUCUGAAACCCCUCAUCACGCAUCACUUCCCACUGAGACAAGCUCAAGCAGCUUUAGAACAAGCCAAGGCCGGUGAAGGCAUGAAGAUUAUUAUACGCGUACAAGAUUAAAUGCAAUAAACGUAUAUUAAUAAUAA